CCUAUACAACACAGAAGGGGGGCGUGUCCCAGUGCCCCUGCUCCCUCUCUCUCUCUUUCUCUCUCUAUCAUUCUCUCUCUCCUAUAGAGGCAACGCGAGCGCACCGUACUGCUGAUACGCAGCAGUUCUCGCACGCGGCCCGUAUGCGUGUAUGUGUGUGUAGUGUGUGUGUAUAGUGCCUGUGUUUGUGUGUGUGAGUGUGUGUGCGUUUGCGCUUUGGAGUCACCGUGGAGAACUCUGGGGUGCAGCGCUGGCACCACAUCGCCAUGGACGCCGUGCGAGCAGCGGCUCUCUGUGCGCUCUUCUUCUUCCUCUGGAGUUUACCGUGCUGCCAACCGGCCGCCAUCAUCUCUUCCCCGGUGCUGCCGCGCAGGAGCAGGACCAGCAGGAGCGCUCAGGACACACACAGGACCCCCAAAACUCUCAAAGAGCCCGCCGCGUCCUCAGCAGCCGCGGCGCUCAGGGCCGAACUGAAGAGCGCCGUGGAGCCGCACGACUACAUGCUCUCCAUUUACAGGACUUACUCCGCCGCGGAGAAACUGGGGCUCAACGCCAGCUUUUUCCCCUCUUCAAAAUCGGCCAACACUAUCACCAGCUUUGUGGACAGAGGGAAAGAUGAUCUCGUGCUCUCUCCUUUGCGAAGGCAGAAGUAUCUGUUCGACGUUUCCACUCUUUCGUCCAAAGAGGAUCUGCUGGGCGCGGAGCUUCGGCUGUUCCGCCAACUCCCCACGGACUCUGCCCCCCCUGACUCGGGCCUCUACACCCUCCACCUGUCCUCAUGCGGCUCAUCCAGCCCGCUGCACUCCAGCUCCCUACAUUUGCCUGGCUCCCGCAAGGCGUCCUGGGAGGUGGUGGACGCAUCGGGCGCGUUCAAAGGUAAAGGGAGUCCCACCGGUGGCCAGGUGUGCGUGGAGCUCUCCGUGACGCACGGCAAGUCGGAAGCUGAGCUCGACCUGAGGCAACUGGGCUUCGGCAGGCGCGCGCGGCCUCGGCGCCACCGGGCCAUCCUGGUGGUGUACACGCGCUCGCGUAAGCGAGAGAGCCUCUUCAACGAGCUGAGGGAGAAGACCAAGGCAAGGGGCGACCCCCCGCCCGGGCUCAAGGCUAGGCGCAGGCGCAGGACGGCGCUGGGCUCCAGUCGCCACGGCAAGCGGCACGGCAAGAAGGCCAAGUCGCGAUGCAGCAAGAAGGCGCUGCACGUCAACUUCAAGGAGCUCGGCUGGGACGACUGGAUCAUCGCGCCACUAGACUACGAGGCGUACCACUGCGAGGGCGUGUGCGAUUUCCCCCUCCGGUCGCACCUGGAGCCCACCAACCACGCCAUCAUCCAGACGCUCAUGAACUCUAUGGACCCGGGGAGCACGCCGCCCAGUUGCUGCGUGCCCACUAAGCUCAGUCCCAUCAGCAUCCUCUACAUCGACUCGGGCAACAACGUCGUCUACAAGCAGUAUGAAGACAUGGUAGUAGAACAGUGCGGCUGCAGGUAGCGUCAAACCCCCCCCACGCCAAAACGCCCCCGCAAAUCCUAGUCCCCUCCACGGGAGGGGAGCUUUGUUACUUUUUAGGGCUGAGACGGACUCGCCUUGAAGAGAAAAACACCCGAAACUGACACACACACCCGCACACAGGUCAGUCGAAGCUGCUGAAACAAGACGUGUGGAAGUCCGAAAUGCAAAAGGGAGUCCCCUAGCCGCUUCUUAGCAUGGUUAGAUGGUUUCUAGUCAGUUUAGGCUUAUCUUUGGUAGAGAGGCCUUAAAUAGCAGCACCAACCAUUUAUUUACACAACUACUACUAGCCCGUUCCACAAUUGUUUACUGUAGCUAUAGCUCGGUUUAUUUCUCUACACGUUCACGUUACACAGCACACGCUGCAGAACGCGUAGAAAGACCUUCAAGUGGCUAGAAUGGUAUAGCGAAAGGCAUGUGUGUAAAAAUCUAGACGUGGGGAUUUUGGAUCUCCAGUACGUCUGUGGACUCACCGGAGGAUGGAGUGAUGGAAUGACGGGGUGAAAUAGGUGUUGGGGAGUGAAGGGGUGACGGACGGAGAGGUGAUGAGGCACCUGUCCAACGCCCAGCCGUUGAGGGGAUGAAUACUCUUCUUACCUGUUGCUCUUGUCUGCUGUGGUGUCAGUGGUCAAUGGUCAGUUCAAAUGCUUCAUCAUCACGGCGAGACGAUCAUUCACUACCAAACCUUCUGAAAAAAAAAAAGCCAGAAUUCCUGCUGCGUCUCUACAAACCCAAUACUUGUAGAGAACUUCUUAUUGUCUCAAAUGAUUGAAGAGACUGGGAACUCGAUCACACCUUGUAGACUCUACAAUGCGAUCAUGGACAAACACACUCGGGUAAAAUGUUUUGUAUUAUGUUUGUUUUCGAAGUGCCUGGACUUUUGACUGUAAGGAUCGCAGUGCCUGCUAAAACCUUCUCCUUGCCGGACUCUGAAGAGUCGUGGACAAAAACCGAAAUCCUUCACUAAGCGGAAAGGAGUUAAAAACCCGUGCGCGCUCCCGUGUCUUCACUAAAUGCACUUCACAGAGACUGACUGGCCAAGCCGUGUGGUCAGGAGCCUUCCCCCCACCCCCCACCUGACCAUAGCGAGGAGGAAGACUCCUAAGCGAGAUUAUAUUUAAAUGCACAUUAGCUUCGAAUGCACUGUUGUUCAUUAUUUGAGCUGUAAAUAUUUGUAUAGUUAAAAGGCUCUAAAAAGUGCGAGGAAUGGAGAAAUGCCCAGCCACAUUUCUUUGUAAAAUGUACAUUUUUUUUAAAUGCACUCAAAUCGUUAUAAUUUCUAUUCUAUAAUUAUUUUAUUAUUUGUGAUGUACAGAGUUUCAUGAUAAUCGUGUAUUUCUUACAUUGAUAAAAGAAAAUUAAUUUAAAAAAUGUAUUCAGUACUUGCUGAGGUUGAAAAUACCAAUAUCAAUGUCUACCUCAUUAUUGCAUAGAUUCUAAGUUUUGAGGUGCAUUCAGUUAGAGUGUAAAGGUUUCUUUUUCAAUUCUAUAUACAAUAUAUCAAUGGAUAAUAAUCCACACUAUUGCUGUACUAAUAAAAUGGAAAAUGAAUGAUCUGUGUGUCGCUAAUGACUCACAAAAACAUGAAAA